AAAAAACCUCAUAAAUGGGGCUAUAAAGUUUUCAUACUAAGCGGAGUAUCAGGCUUCAGUUAUGAUUUCGACUUCUUUUCUGGGCCAACUAAGUUGCAGCCUUAUCAACCAGAUCUUGGGGCAAGUAGUAAUGUGGUAGUGAAACUUACAGAUUUUUUUUGAUAACUGGUCCACCGGCCUUCCGUUACUGGUUUAUCUCAGCAAAGAGGGCAUUUUGCCUCUUGGUACUGUCCGCAAAAAUCGUGUGCCAGAUUGCGAAUUUCCUAAGGAAUCUGUGAUGAAGAAAAAAGGUAGAGGUACAAUUAUGGAGAGAGUUGCUCGAGUCGAUGGCGUAGAUGUUUCAGUAGUUUCCUGGUAUGAUAACAAAAUAGUUACCACAGUAUCAACUUACAUAGGCAGUCGGCCCAUUUCCGAAGUACAGAGAUUUUGCAGAAAGGAAAGAAAGCACACUGUAACACCUCGUCCAAAGAGUAUAGAAAUAUACAACAACUAUAUGGGAGGUGUUGAUCUACUUGACUCGAUGUUAGGAUACCAUAGGAUACUUAUAAGGUCAAAAAAAUUUUACCUAAGAAUAUUUUUCCAUUUCCUCGACAUGUUGUACUGUAAUAGUUGGAUAUUGUGUAGAAGAGCUCUCACUGAGAACAAUUCUGAUGACUAUUUGCCACUGGCUGAAUUCAAACUUGGUUUAGCAGAAAUUCUAACAAGAUCCCACGUAACUUCAAAAAAGCGAGGUAGACCCAAUAGCUCACUACAGCCUCAACUGGAUUUAAAAAAAAAAGAAAUAUCCUUUUGCGGAAAUAUCAGCCCAAGAAAUUCGUCGCUACAAUAUGGGGCAUCUUCCUGGGUGGCAUGAAGAUCGCCAAAGAUGUAAAUUUCCUGAGUGUAAGGGGAAAACACAAGUUUGGUGUGAUAAA